GUCUUACCUGAUACAGCUCGACACGAUCUCACAACAUUCAGCCAUCAGCAUCACAAGACAGAGCACAUAGAGCAACGAUGAAAGCAUUCCAGAUCGCCGAACACGCUCAUCCGACCAAGAUCAAGGUAUCGAACGAUGUCAAGCCGCCUGUACCUAGCGGAAAAGAAGUCUUGGUGGAUGUAUAUACGGCUGGGUUGAAUUUCUUUGAUAUCCUGCAAGCUCAAGGGAAAUACCAAAACCAGCCGCCCUUACCGUUCGUACUGGGAACUGAAUUCGCAGGUCGGAUCGCCAAAAAUUCUCCGAUUCCUAAAGGAUGCCCUUAUAAACCCGGUGACAAAGUCUUCGGAGCAGGCCAAGGAGCCUACGGAGAACAAGUCACCGCCAACCCCGCCCUCUGCCUGCCUAUACCCGAUGGGAUGACAUACGAACAAGCAGCUGGGCUGUUCAUCACCUAUCCGACGUCUUAUGAGGGGUUGGUAGGCAGGGGAGAGGUGAAAAAGGGGGAUUGGGUGUUGGUGCAUGCGGGUGCUGGGGGGGUUGGGUUGGCUGCUGUGCAGAUUGCCAAAGCACUCGGCUGCAAGGUGAUCGCCACGGCAUCUAAAGAAUCUAAACGACAAGUCUGCAUCGAACGAGGUGGGGCGGACCAUGCGAUCGAUUAUUCGGCGAAGGAUUGGCAGAAGAAGGUCUUGGAGAUCACUGGAGGGAAGGGGGUUGAUGUGGUUUAUGACCCCGUCGGCCUGAUCGUACCCAGCUUGAAAUGCGUCAAGUGGAAAGCCAGGGUCGUCGUCGUCGGCUUCGCAGCGGGGACGAUCGAGAAGAUCCCAGCGAAUUUGAUCUUGUUGAAGAACAUCUCUAUCGUCGGCGUACACUGGGGAGCUUAUACCAAGAACGAACCCAGCCAACAGCUCCAAGUCUGGGGAGAACUCAUGAGACUGUUCAGCGAGCGGAAACUCGUACCGGCCGUCUUUGACAAGGUGUACGAUGGGCUCGAAGAGGUCGCUCAGGGUUUGGACGAUCUGGAGAAGAGGAGGACUUGGGGCAAGGCGGUCGUCAGGGUCAGAGGUGCGAAGGGGGAUGGGGAGGCCAAGUUGUAGAGCUAGGCAACGAUAGGUUCUUAGACGCUCUCAAGCGGGUCAUGUUGUUAAAGGUUGUAUCGUAUGUGAAAUUCAGUCCAGAC